CCGUCAUGUGAUCCUGACUCAACCUGAACACUCAUAAAUACAAACCAUCCUCGUCUCUUUCUGCCACUUCUCACUUCUUGUUUUGUACCAAAAAAGCCCGUAAAAAUGCCGAUGUGUGGAGGGUUGACCGACGCAAAGGAUGCCGAUGAAACCGUCCAGGCGAUCUGUAAUGACGUGAAGAAACAUGCAGAGACCAAAGCAGGGAAGGAGUUUGAGGUUUUCAACGCCAAGAGCUACAAAACGCAACUUGUGGCUGGGACCAAUUAUUUCAUAAAGAUCCACGUGGGAGGAAAUGAUCACAUCCACCUCCGUGUUUGGAAAAAGCUCCCAUGUCACAACGGAGAACUUGAAGUGACUGACAUCCAGCACUCAAAGGCCGAACAAGACCCGAUUGAGUAUUUCUAAAGGGAUCACGAGCACCAGUGCCUAUUACUUAAAAUGUGUUAUGCUGCUCCUGUGGCUGACAUGUAAUAGACUGUACCAUUCUCUGUAGAUCAUGUAGACAUGUAUGCCCACAUUUUGUACAAUGUUUUCGAAAUAAACAAAGAAUUUAUUAUGA